AUGCCGUCUUCUCUCGAUUUUCAUCUGUAUGGCACCGCCCGGGUUGUACGGCGAGAUGGCAAGGAACGACCCCACCCUGCGAGCUAUAACGGAGAAAGCCGGUCGCGUGGUGUUGGCAGGUUUUCCGCCACCUUGUUCCUUCUGUGGGUGCCGUGCGUGGUGAACGUCGUCUUCGCCUUCCUGGGCAUGCAGUGUGUCGGGUCAUCCGGGGAAAAGAUGCCGCAGCAGCUCUUCGGGUUGACCGGGUCCGCUUACAUCGGCGCUAUGAUCCUGUCGAUAGAGGCGCUCCAGUACGUUAACUUCCCGACCAAGGAGCUUGGGAAGUCUUGCAAGAUGAUCCCGGUCAUGCUGUUCGGAGUGCUGUUCGCCAAGAAGCAGUACAGCGUGCGAGAGUACCUCUGCGUGGCGCUCAUCACGACGGGCAUCGUCAUCUUUAACCUAGCCGAGAGGUCCAACAACGAACAGGACAAGCGAAACAGCAUGUAUGGGCUGUGCCUACUAGUCGCAAGCCUCAUCUUCGACGGGGUCAUGACCAGCUCUCAGGAGCGAUUGAAGGCCAUCUGCAAGCCCACCGUCUACGAGAUGAUGUUCUACACGAACGCCUGGGCGCUGGGCUUCCUGUCGGCGGCAGCCUUCGCCUCGGGGCAGUGGAUGAAAGGGUCGCUGUUCUGCGCGGACAACCCGCUGGUCACGGGCUACGUGGUGGCGUUCUCAUUGGCGGCGGCGUGCGGCCAGUUCUUCAUUUACUACACCAUCACCACCUUCAAUCCGCUGGCGUGCGCGACGAUCACAACGACCCGAAAGUUCUUCACUAUCGUCUUCUCCGUCAUCACCUUCGGACACAGCAUCAGCCUGAAGCAGUGGGGGGGUGUGGCAAUGGUGUUCGUCGGCAUCGGCUUCUAUAUGCACGGCAAGCACAAGCGGCCUAGUAGCGAGGAGGAACACGAUUGCUGCCAAGAAGAGUCCGAAGCCUCGAUGCGACUGCUUGAAGAAGGCGAUCGCGAUGCCUCAUGUAUAGGCCAACGUCUAUCGUCAAGUCCGGAGUGA